UGGUAUGCCACAUCAUUCUUUCCAACCCUGACGACAAGCAUUCACUACUACACAUCUUCGAGCCGCGAGACACGUCUCGGAUCCCAUCAUUACGGUUGGCAUUCUUCACCAAGCCUUGUCGGCGUCGACUCUGUAAACGCCAUGUCGUCGGGCGAGCAGCCUGACAGCGGCCGUGUAAGCGACACCACAACACCGGCCCGCAAGGAAAAGAAGAGAGUCGGAUGGCGCAAUCCUGACCUCAACCCCGACCUAAGUUCCAACAAGAUAGCUGUUGACGACUACUCCACCCUCUCGCCUGGAGGCUCGCCCAAGUUCCAGCCAGCUGCCUACCCCCACGGUGCGCCAGACGCCCAAGAGCUCUCCGAGGCCCUCACCCGCAUCCUCUCCCAAGAGCCCUCCCCAAACGAGAGCACGGGAAAAGAUGCCCACCUCAAGACACCACAGGACUCCCCCCCGACGGGAGGGGGCAUGAGUCCCUUGCCCAGCCGCCCGAGACCGGCCCUCAGGCGCAACACCAGUUAUGAUGCGCCUCACGAGCGUGAGGAGGCCGACAAGGCAGAGUCAGAGGCCAACGAGAGAGUCCUUCGAUCCAUUACCGAUGCACGACACCGUGCUGAUCAACUGGCCAUCUCAUUGGGUAGCCACUCGGCCCCGGGUUCCAGGAGAAACUCGGAUGACAUUGGCGCCUCAUUCCAGCAUCUGGUAGGCGUCUCAGACGGCAGUUCGCGCGGACGAUCGACUUUCCGAGGCAGCGCGAUCCGGCAUCGGGGACCAGCAUUUGUCGAUGGCCCACAACGUCUAGACACGGAGGACUCGUAUGAUAACCACGACGUGGCGGCCAAGCUUGUUCGAUCACACACACGCAAGCGUGAUCUCUUUCACUCGGACAUGCUUCGUGGCCGUCAGUCAGGCACAUCAACUCCCAUCAUCGACGACCCCGACCUCGACUAUGUCCCACGACCCAAGAAAUACCACGGAGGAGUCCUCUCGUCACUCCUCAAGCUCUACAACGACGAGCAACGCCACAACGCUGGCGGUGCCGGAUCAGGAGCUGGGGGAGGAGGAGGAGGAAGCGCGGGCAGUUCUGGCCGCACGACUCCAGCUUAUGCAACACCGUCUAUUUCCGCCCAGUCCUCGCCAUCCGCAUCACGAUCUUCUUCUCGAACUCGGCCUGCCCGAUCCGGCCGUCCUAGCAGCGGUUUGUUCAGCCUCCACCGUUCCCAUGGCUCUGCGUCGUCCCUCACUCUUACUGAACUCAUGAAGUCCUCGUCCAUGUUUGCCGCACCCGGCUCGAGCGUUUCCUCGGAUCGUAUGGCAGAGAAGGUCAAGGAGUCUGCGCCCCCCAAGAAACCAAAGAAGGAGAAAUACCGCAUCACCGUGCACAUUGCAGGCAUCCUCGCCCGGCACCGGUUUCUCAUCAAGCUAUGCCGGGCCCUCAUGCUUUACGGUGCGCCGACGCAUCGCUUGGAAGAGUAUCUGAGCAUGUCAGCGCGCGCGCUCGAGAUCGAGGCCCAGUUCUUGUACAUGCCUAGCUGCAUGAUUAUCAGCUUUGACGACAGCACGACUCACACUACGGAGGUGAAGAUUGUCCGGGUUAUGCAAGGCAUCGACUUGGGUAAGCUGCGCGAUGUCCACAACAUCUACAAGGAGGUCGUCCACGACAAGCUCGGGGUGGAAGAGGCGACGCAGCGACUCGACGACGUCAUGAACAGAAAGGUCAAGUUCCACGUCGCAUGGCGCGUGAUGUUCUACGGUGUGGCCUCGGCGUGUGUGGCGCCCUUUGCUUUCCAGGGCCGCUUCAUCGACAUGCCGUGUGCGUUCCUACUAGGCUCCCUGGUCGGAUUCCUGCAGCUGGUGCUCGCGCCCCAGAACGAGCUUUACGCCCACGUCUUCGAGGUGUCUGCCUCUGUUCUCACAUCGUUCCUGGCACGCGCAUUUGGCUCGAUCAAUGGCGGCGGCACCUUCUGCUUUGGCGCCCUGGCGCAGAGCAGUAUCGCCCUGAUUCUCCCUGGUUACAUGGUUCUAUGCAGCUCUCUCGAGUUGCAAAGCUACAACAUUGUCGCCGGCAGUGUUCGUAUGGUACACGCCCUGAUCUAUACUCUGUUCCUGGGCUAUGGCAUCACCAUUGGCGCCUCGCUUUACGGCAUGAUUGACCCCAACGCGUCGAGCGAGAAGGAUUGUCGAGAGCCGCUGAACCGCAACUGGUACUUUCUGUUUGUCCCCGGUUUCACCCUCUGCUUGUGCUUGGUCAACCAGGCCAAGUGGAAGCAGACGCCCGUCAUGCUGCUCAUGUCGCUUGCCGGGUGGGCGGUGAACAGCUACUGCAGUCAGGUGUUCAAGGGGAACACUGAGAUCUCAAACAUGCUUGGCGCCUUGACCGUCGGCAUCCUCGCCAACCUGUACUCGCGAAUGGGCCGCCACAUCCAGAAUGCCUGGUUUGACAGUGUCGACUUCUUUAGUAGCACCAUAAAGCCCCGUCUGGUGCGCCUUAUUGGUCGCAAGAAGGCCACCAGCAUGAGCUGGGACAAGCCAUCCGACCCGGAGUCGCGUCCUGGCUCUCCCAUGGAAGAAAAGAAGCCCGAACGCAAGAAGCGUUCCGUUGGAUACAGCCUUGCAGCGGCAGCCAUGCUGCCAGCCAUCUUUGUGCAGGUGCCUAGCGGUCUUGCGGUGGGAGGGUCGCUGUUGGCGGGCGUGCAAUCCGCCGACUCUCUGACAUCCAAGGGCGGACAGCACAGUGUGGGUAUCGAGGGCACGGCGUUCAACGUCUUGUUCAAGGUGAUUCAGGUGGCGAUCGGCAUCAGCGUGGGCCUGUUCAUGAGCGCGCUGAUUGUGUAUCCGUUGGGCAAGAGAAGGAAACAGCAUGAGCUGGCUACGACAGCGAGUCCCGCGGGACUAUUGACGACUUGUUUUCUGUUUGGUCGGCGUUUGGGUCUGGGCUGCAUUUUGACUGGGUUGCAUUGUUACUGGUCUGCAUUGGUUGUGUUGGUCAUUGAUAGGCAGCAAAGAGGGUGUCGUUAUUCUCCUGGCUUUGGUGGGUGGGCUACUACUAUAGAUAAUCUGGAACGUGAGCGAGCGAUUCUUCUUUCAUUUGAGAUGCCUUGUCGUGCUCCCAUGGCCAUCAUGCAGAUCCGCGCGCCGUCCAUCUCUGCCUCCAUCGCCAAGGCCAUCACCUUCCCGAGCCUGUCGUCGCCUUCGUCACUAUGGUCUGCGUUGUACAUCCGCAUCCUCGCCUUCACCCGGCUUCUCAAACUGCAUCUCACGCUCUUCCGCCCGGCGGACUUUACAUCCCUGCGCCGUAAUGUGUGGAACAUUGAGGAGGAUGACUACGUCAGCAGCUUCCAAGAGGGCGAGUUGGUGCCCGUAGGCGACCUAGGCUACUCUGGCUCGACCUUUUUCACGACGCGCGAUGGCCGGUUCCUCAUCAAGAGCCUGCCGCGCAAGUUUGAGUACAAAUUCUUCACGGACGACCUCUUUGUGCCGUACCUGGAACACAUGGAAGCACACCCGGACGCACUCCUCGUGCGCAUCACGGACAUGCCGUAUGCCAAGUACCACUCAAUAGGCGGGAUACUCGGUGCCGCACCCCCCUGUCACAUUGUCAUGGAGAAUCUGCUGCGAGGCGAGGAGGAGUGGGAGACAUUUGACCUGAAGCCGAAGGAUUACUUCUUUCCCGAGAGGGAUAUCGCCAAUGGCGCGCUGGUGCGCGACGAGGUUAUUGAGGGCCUGGUGGACGAUCUCCCCGACAAGGCGCGCGUGCCGGCGCGUGCAAGGGAGAUGUUGCUCGCGCAGCUGGAGAAGGACACGGACAUUCUCAAGGCGAACCAGGCGGUGGAUUACUCGCUGUUCCUGGCCCGGACGCGGACGAGGGGGGAUGGUGCCAACGACGACAGCGUGGGGAGCUGGCGAGAGGGAGUGAGGGGGGAGGAUGGGUGGACGUACCGUGCUGUCGUGCUGGACUUUUUCUGGACAAAGAGUGCGGCCCAGGCCAAGGCCAUGGAGGGUCUUGUGCGGGCGUUCAACAGCGUGGCGGACAAGGGGCCGAUGAGCAUCACGGCGGAUCCGGGGGAGUAUAGAGAGAGGUUCCUCAAGAUGGUUGGGGCGCUGGUGAAGGGGGUGUGA